CAUAUUUUACAGCAAAGUGAAGAUAAUUUGCACGUGGGAUUUCUUAACAUCUUGGAUCGAUGGAGCGUGGAGAGAUCGCCACUUCGGUGCAGUCUAAACCCUGGAUAUUGGAGUAAAAAUAAGCUAAACGACACUCAUAUUUUCUCUUGAUAUUAUUUCUACCAGACGCUUUUCUAAUUGAAUUAGAGCAGCGCGGCCAUUGGCUAUGGAGAGGGCUGGUGCCCCCGCAUGCCUCCCCAAAAGCUCCUCCCCUCCUGCUUACAAUCACUUGGGUGUGUGGAGAACUACAUCUUAUAAGAGCCGCUGAACAUCCCAUGUCCAGCCCAUUAUCUGAUCUGAAAAUCCGUAGGUGAGGAGAAGGUUUAACCCCCUUCCAUCAGUCGUAAGGGAGGGAGGCGUGCAGAGACAGAAACAGCCAGGGUGCCGGUGGUUGUGUCGCCUCCUUGGCUGAGAUUCACUCUCUGGAAACUCUUGAAACUCUUCUUAUUUAUUGCAAGAUCUAAACAAUGCAGUUAGAGAACAUCCUUCCCAGCGCCAGCAUCAAUUUACCCAAGACCUUUUACAAUCUUUCCUCGUCGGACAGUGCCAACAACAGCCCGAGGCCAUCAUCGCAGCUUGACUAUCAAGAAGUCGACCGGACGGAAUCAGAGUCCAGCAGCGCUCCUAAGAAAUACCUGAGCGGGGUGGGGAACGGGAUGCUGGGUGAGGGAGAGGGGGACACUUUCACUAAAACCGGGCCCGAUGGGAGGAAAGGCUCCCCGGUGCUCGGUGAGGACGAGUUGACGAGCGGUCGGCGUUACAACAUAGACGAACUUGGCUCUGACAGAUACUUCAUCUCGUCUUCCCAGGCGAGUUCCGACAUGGCGAGCCCCUGUUCCCUCUUUCCUUACGCAAGUCAGACCGGCUCGGUGUACACCGGGUCCAGCAGCUCAAGGUACCCGGCUUCGCUUCAUUACGGAUCCGUCCUGCCGCCAACAGGCUUCUCCUCCUCAUCCGUGUGCACCGGUCGGAGCCAGUUUAGCAGCGGAGGGUACCAGUUCAGCCAGGGUCCGGGCUGUUUGUACCCCUCCUAUCCCGGGACGGGGACGGGUAUUGGCUCCAUGUCUCUGCCGGGGUCUGCCGCCGGAGCCAGAGCGCAGGUCUAUCUGUGCAACCGGCCUCUGUGGUUGAAAUUCCACAGGCACCAGACCGAGAUGAUCAUCACCAAACAGGGCAGACGGAUGUUCCCAUUCCUCAGUUUCAACAUCACUGGACUCAACCUCACGGCCCAUUACAAUGUCUUUGUAGAAGUUGUUUUGGCUGACCCGAAUCACUGGCGCUUUCAGGGAGGAAAGUGGGUCACUUGCGGAAAAGCAGACAAUAAUAUGCAAGGUAACAAAAUGUAUGUUCAUCCUGAAUCUCCAAACACUGGUGCUCACUGGAUGAGGCAAGAAAUCUCUUUUGGCAAACUGAAGCUGACCAACAAUAAAGGGGCCAACAACAACAACACACAGAUGAUAGUUUUGCAGUCGCUUCAUAAAUACCAACCGCGACUGCACAUUGUGGAGGUGACGGAAGACGGAGUGGAGGACAUGAGCAAUGAGGCCAGAACUCAAACCUUCACCUUCCCAGAGAACCAGUUUAUAGCUGUCACUGCUUACCAGAACACAGAUAUCACACAGCUGAAGAUAGAUCACAACCCGUUUGCGAAAGGCUUCCGGGACAACUAUGACUCGAUGUACACAGCCCCAGAGAGUGACAGGUUGACUCCAUCCCCUACAGACUCCCCUCGCUCCACCCAAAUUGUGCCCGGGGCCCGCUAUGCCAUGCAGCCUUUCUUUCAGGACCAGUUCGUCAACAACCUGCCUCAGAACCGCUUCUACACCGGCGAACGGGCUGUCCCCCAAACCAACAGCCUUCUCUCUCCACAGAGUGAGGACGUUACCGCCGCUGCUUCUGCCCAGCGGUGGUUCGUCCCCCCAGUUCAGCAGCCGGGCUCCAACAAGCUGGAUCUGUCAUAUGAGAAUGACUAUUCCACCAGUAGCCUGCUGUCCUACGGCAUCAAGCCCUUGUCCCUGCAGACAUCCCAUGCCCUCAGCUACUACCCAGACUCUGCCUUCGCCUCCAUGGCUGCAGGCUGGGGCACCAGAAGCUCUUACCAGCGCAAGAUGACUACCGGCCUACCCUGGUCCCCUCGUCCAAGCCCCCCUGCUUUCCCGGAGGACCAGCUGGGGGCCACUAAAGACAAGCUGCCCGAGGAGAGCGCACCACCAGCCUCGACCUGGAUCGAGACAUCCCACUCGCUGAAAUCGGUGGACUCCACCGAUUCUGGUGUGUACUCGGUGGUGUGCAAGAGGCGCAGGAUGUCCCCUGGGGGCUCAAGCACAGAGAACUCCCCAACCAUCAAGUGUGAGGACUUGACUACGGAAGAGUACAACAAGGACAACCCAAAAGGCAUGGGUUAUUAUGCAUUCUACACAAGCCCCUAAAAAGACUGUAUUUAUUGAAACUGAAAUAUAAUUCUUUUGUUUAUUACUGAGUGCUCUCCAUUCCUUGUUAAUGUCUUUUUUCUCUUUUCUCUAAAGGUGCCAAAGCUUAGUGUUCCCCCAAGCAAGCUGCACAAGGUUAUUUUCCCAGGCCAGCCCCUCUCACAUACCUGAGCAGAAACAUGCAUAGUGAUUGUUGUUUUUGAAAAAAAGCAUGUCCCUUUUUAUUCAUUUAUUUUUACAACUUUUAAUUUUUUACAAAUGUGAUUUUUUGUUUUAUUUUUUUUUCCCCCUGCGUAUUUAAGUCAUUUUCGUUGUACAGUAUUCGUGCACUUUAGAAUGUGAUGUAUCUUGUACAAAUUGUCUUCAUGGAGGUGUUAUUAAAUGGAUAAUAAAACAGCUUUUCACAAAGCACUG